GCGAUUCAAAGACACGGAGUCGCCACUGAACGAUCUCCUACAUUUGGUAGUGGUAAAGUGGCACCCACUUCUUCGCCACAGGAGAUAGGAUUGAGUUAUCACCUGGAUUAGGCGUGAUGGUGAGCAAGACAAAAGUUGACAGACUUCAUAAGCGCUUUUAUAUAAAACCAAGAGAACUUGUCAACAAGCUUAUGCGUGAGAUUGUUGGCGUAGAGCAACUGAAAAAAAGUUCUGCAAUCGGGAAAAAUAAUUGGGAUGCCAUACCAGAAAAUAUAUAUGACAGCGUUGAAGGUUAUGUAAAUAAUAAUGCACCUAAGGUCAAGUACCGUAUUUCUCAUAAAGAUUAUCGAGAAACAUUGACUUAUCUUUGUGCAACAUUAAGGAAUCCUAAAAAAGAUGAAAAAAUAACGCGACCGAAGAAAAUCAAAAAACACAAUGAGAAACGGCGUCCAAAAGAAGCACUAUCAAGUCCUGAAAAAAUGAAAAAAAAGGCGCAUUGA